CUCCACCACCACCAUGACCGCCAUGCGCCCUUUCCUCCCCAUCCAGUCCGCCACAUGCGCGGAGUUACCCGCCUUGCCCCCUAGCUGCAGUUCCGCAGAAACUGACAAUUCGGCUGCGGGAAAUAGCUGGCAAAGCAUGCGAUUCGUCGGUAGUAGCCUCACGGCCACCAACGACCCCGUUACAGUCACGUAUCGUAGUCUAGUUUCCACAUCAGCGUCGCGUCCGGGCUUGCUCAUUCGCCAAUCUCGAUUAAACCGAGCCUCUCGGUAUGCGGCUCCACGGACGGCAGCGAGCCAAUUGCAACGCUCUAGAGACAUCCAGGGUUCCGGGUUUAGUCAAUUGCAAGGCUCUAUAGACGUCCUUAUUAGCGAUGCGUCGGAUGCACAUGCGACCGCCGGCGGCUCGAAGUCAGCUCGUCGGUCUACGAAUGACCUAAUUACCAUUAAUCGGCUAGCUACCUGCGCGACUCCGUUUUCGUCGUUUUCCGCUGAGUCAGCCUUGUACAGAUCGAGCUCCUCUCGUGGUGUGCGACGAAAAACUACAUGGGUGAAAUCUGCUGGAGAAUGGCCUGAAAAUUCACCUGAUGAGGAUUCACCUGAUGAGGAUUCACCUGAUGGCCCAUAUGAGGAUUCACCUGAUGGCCCGUAUGAGAAUUCACCUGAUCUUCGGCCUGAAGACCUGCAGCGACCAUCCAAGUCAACGCAGUCAGCGCAAUCAACGCAGCAGCCGGAUCGCGUCUUCGUGGCGUCGAUUCCGCUGGACGCGCCGCCCGGACCUCCGCAGUGGGCUGCUGACGUGGCAGGGCGGCUGUUUCCUGUGCUGUGUAGUCAUUGGGUGGUGAUUAUAGCGGGGGAGAAUGGAGAGCGCUAUCUCUUUGACUUCAGACCGGAUAGUCCGCAGGACAUGGGAGUGGCUCUCAGGGUCUUGACUCUGCAGUCUGUACCAGGCUACUUGCUCAUUCGGCCCCUCUCCCACCUCCCCUCCCGCCGCUGCUGGUGUGUCGGCUUGUCUGCUCACUCUGACACGCUCGAUGCUGUUCAAUCGUUCAAUGCCACGUGGCGCACCGAUCUGACGGUGUUCUCCCAUGAUUGCAGAGACUACAGUCAAGCUCUCGCAUCGCAUCUAAUUGACAAGGCGGUAAAUCUCAGCUCGUACUCAUGACGACGCAUGUGAUUUGAAGCACGGGGAUUUUUGAGUCCGCUCAGAAGUCACUCGGGCUGAGUGGAGCCUUUCCAACAGUCACUUCACUAUCUGUCCAUGGCUCGUACCCGUGAGUGCUGCAUGUGAGAGAACUGACUUUAUAUCUCAACAGCAUGCCUGACAGGAUGCCAAGUCAAUCCCAGCAACUAUGUAACGUGUUGCAUCGUAUCAUGCAUCUACGGCAGCAUGCAUCCAUUUUUAUCAGGGUGAUAGCCUUUUUAACAGGCUAUUACACCACACCUGCAGCAAGCAGAGAGUGGUGAAUCAAUAGUUUUUCUUUAUCCUCAAGGGGUCAAAAGAGCAUCUAGUAGUUGCAAUACAAUUCGAGCGCAUAACUUAAUAGUUCCUGUGCACCUGUCGCGGCGUGGUUUAUCACA